GAUCUGCAGGGUUGCACUGUCAGCCCUAUCAGAAGGGAGAUUGGCUUUUUUGGGGGCCACGGGGCCUAGAACGGGCACCAACAGCAUCAAUGUCCCAUUUCCUCACGUGCUCAUGCACAAACCCUUCGAUGAGCUCAGUGUUCCACCACUCUCUGGGGUUAUCUUGCAGGUCAGGAUGGUCAAGGGCAACGCAGCGAUCCGCCGAGAUGCCGAGUGCUUCACACGAGCCGGCGAGUUCAGUUUUUCUGGUGUCUCCUUUGCCGUAGUUGUUGCCUAUCAAUAUCAGGGUUCAGCAUGUCAGCACCGGGGCCCCUCAAUGGCUAGGUUCGGAGACUUUCUGGAGAAACACACCUGUGGACAUGACCAGCAAUCCACCAGUCACCCGCUUGUUCCGAUCAAGAACUCCGAGAAUGCUGGGAGAGAAGAAUAGGCACUCGUCGUCGGGGUGGGCUGUCACGAGCAGGAGGUUUCUGGCGAGAAGAAGCUCGGGUGGAAGAAUUCGGGCAUCGCUCCCAACGACAUAGGCGACCAGCCACUGGAGAAUUAGCGGCACAAUCACUGCGAGCACUGCAAGCCGAACAAGCCAGCGCGAAGCCCGACGAGGGAUCAUGCCGAGCAGUUGCGCAGGCUUCCUGGUCAGCUUCUGCAUUGGGGGUGCUGAGGAAUCGUGGAAGGAAAACAAGACAGAAAUACAGAAUCAGUUCAUCCGAGCUGGCAGCACAAGAAGACUCGGGUGAACAAGUGAGUGUCUUGGAUGUACAAGUAAAGAAUGAUAAGGUAGCAUCGGGACGGAAGGCGGAGGGCGUGCGAGAUAUCGUCGUCGCACACUGUGUACCCGACCAGCUGGCAAGGGUUCCGUCAGCGGUAUCACCUCAGCUGGAGCUCUGUCUCACCUCGCUGUCCAUCGAUGUUUGCGGCAGGCGUCACGCGGGCCACUCCGCUGGGCAUCCCGAGAAAGAACGCAUAUCUCUUCUUCGUUUGUGACGUCCCGUUGAAGUCCAGUUGGAUGUUUUGUUGAUCCAGUCGACCGACCGAGUUGAGAUAAACUUUUUGGACUCUGGAGUAGUCCCAUCUUUUGCCAUGCUUGGCGAUGCAAAAGCACCACAGCACCGAUUCUUCGGCGCGGGCCGUAGCGGGGGGGUCCAGUACCACCACCACAGCACAUUCACACUCGCGUCAAUGGCUUUCGUCUGUCCAACGUUUGUCUCUGUUGAUGCUGGUCCUCCAGAACUCGGCCCUGGUCAUGGUCAUGCACCAUUCCCGCAACAGCCCAACAGGAUCACGACCCCGAUAUCUUACAUCAACAGCCGUUCUAGUUGUUGAAGUUAUCAAGCUCUCAGCCUCAUUACUCCUCGCCACCUACGAUACUAUUACUUCUCAUUCCUCAUCUUCAUCAGCAGCAAUAACUCAACAUCUCUACCGCUCCAUCUUUGCCCCAGAUAGUUGGAAGCUCAUCGUGCCCGCAGCCCUCUACACUCUUCAAAACUCGCUUGUCUACACGGCCAUCAGCAACCUCGACGCUGUCACCUUCCAAGUCACAUACCAGCUCAAGAUUCUCACCACGGUCCUUUUCAGUAUCCUGCUUCUUGGCCGGACCAUUUCUCUGCGUCAGUGGCUGGGGCUUCUCCUCCUCACCUUCGGUGUAGCCCUUGUGCAACUAUCACCAACAACACCAGAGGUUAAUAGUGCCACCAGCUGGACAGACAAGAUCACAUCCUUAUUCACCUCCCCAUCCCAGCCUCCUGCUGUUCAUCACAAUGCCCUGAAAGGCCUGGCCGCGGUUGUGGGAGCGUCCCUCAUUUCAGGCCUCACAUGCGUCUACUUCGAAAAGAUCCUCAAGGAUUCCCUAGGUUCGCACACCAGCUCCAUAUGGAUCAGAAACGUACAGCUAUCCUUUUUUAGCAUCUUUCCUGCACUGUUUAUUGGGGUGAUAUGGUAUGACGGAGCCAAUAUUGCGCAAAAUGGUGGAUUCUUUGCCGGGUACAAUGCCAUGGUGUGGGCAACGGUCUGUCUGCAGGCGCUUGGGGGUUUGAUUGUGGCUGUUUGCAUUGCGUAUGCGGACAAUGUGGUCAAGAACUUUGCCGCCAGUUUGAGUAUUGUGGUUAGUUAUGCUGGGACGGCGGUGGUUUUUGGGGAGAGGAUGACGCUUCAUGCCACUAUGGGUGCAGCUGUCGUUGUGGCUGCCACAUGGCUGUACAGAAGUCGGCCGUCAACUCAACAACUGGGGACACUGUUGCCUGUUAGUAGCAGGGAAAUCGUGGCAGGUGAGAAGACACCAAGAUCGCCGUUGUUAUCCCCAACUACGAUACGAUAA